AUGGGUGGGCAUGAUAUUCUACUAGGCGAGAUCGCAGAAGCAGAGGAUUACGUUCUCAUAGGCAAUGCUGAGGAAAGCAACGACGAUGGCAUCGAAAACUUUGCCGGCACCAACUUUGUCGACGAACUUUACACUGAUAGUGACUUUGAUGAGCACGGCGUGAAGGCAGCUCUUGAGGCUCAGACCGCAAACAAGAAUGACUUUAAUAUUGAUACUUCCGAGGGAAACUUUAGGAUGAAACUCAACGAGGAGCUCAAAGACCUACCCAUGGAGACACGUCUACGCUCGAAGAAUGAAGACGACGAUAAUACGGAUUCAGGAUCUGAUUCAUACUCUGAUUCUAAGUCUGAGUGCGAGCCCGAGCCCGAUUCUGAAUUUGACGCAAGUAAUGCGAAUGCUACAGAUGAUCAUGAUGGCGGCAAUAAUGGCCAGAGAGAUAGCACAGGCAAUAGGGACGAAAGCGUCGACGGAGGCGAUGGACUUGAACAUCUCCGUACCGAACUAGAGAAGAAGUACAAUAUCGACAACAUCGACCAGAUUUCCUACGCUUUGGCAGCGGGCGUCAACUGCAUCGAGCGUAACUUCUUGAUCCGAAGUGCUUUUCAGCAGGAUGUCGACGACGGGACAUUGUCGCUCCUAGCAGACGCCGGACCAACCGUCUCUAAUCAUGCCAUUCGCGCGUGA